AUGGGAAGAACUGGAUUAAUCCUUGUGUGUAUAUCUAUUCUUGUGUGCUGUGCAUUUUCUAUAACAAUAUUUCCACUGCCAGGGCAAAAAGUUCUUUUAACAAAAGAUUUUUAUGUGAGGCCCUCGCGUAUUGUUGCAGUUCCGGUUAUUUGUACUGCCACUGUUGAACCUGUACCCUUAACAAUACCAGAUAAAGACAAUAUUAUACCAACAAAUACUAAAAUAGCAUUACAGACACAAAAACUGUCGAACGUUGAAGUGACCUAUGAAACAGACGCAAUAGAUCACGCUAUAGAGGUUCGCCCUACUUCAUCUAUAUCAAUCACAUUUGAAGCGUUGGCGAAGAUGGGUAUUGCUGAAAAUGAAGCAACUCAACUAAGAAGCUCAACAAUGGAAGCAUUCGGAGCCAUCGCACCGACAAAAGUCUUGCCAACAAUUGCGCUUGAAACAUUUGAUGUAGAGGCCAGAUCU